GUGCGCUGGCGGCGGCGUACGUGGCUACAUGUGCGUGGACACUGCCGCGCUGACCCACAGCGAUGCCCACAAGCUCAACUUUGAAACGCUCCCCAACAUGACUGGGAUGUUGGCGUGUUCCAAGUCUUUGUUCAUCUCGGACCAGGAUAAAAGGAAACACUUCCGUCUCCUACUGAGGCUUUUCCUGGAAGUGGGCUCCGUUAGACAGGAAGUGGGCUCCAUCAAACAGGAAGUGGGCUCCUUCCACAGCCGCCUGAUCAAAGUGAUCUCCAAACCGUCACAAAAGAGACAAACCAUGAAGAAUGCAGACUUGUGUAUCUCAGCAUGUUCCCGUGUUGCGUUGUUUAAUCGCCUCCGCUCUCAGACAGUCAACACUCGCUACCUGGCCGUGGAGGGCGGGGCCUUUGUUGCCAGCGCCCGACAGUGGACUGCCUUCACCAUCACGCUCGUGGAGGAGCAACACGCUGAGCGUCAAGGUGACUUUGUGCUGAGUGAAGGAUUCAUCUGUUACGGUUCAGUGGUCCAACUUGUGUGCACCGAGUCUGGACUCACUCUGCCCCCUAUGGUGAUCCGCAAGGUGAACAAGCAACACGCCGUCCUGUCGGUGGACGAGCCCGUGUCGCAGCUGCACAAAUGCGCCCUGGAGAUGCGAGACACGCCGCAAGCCUUCCUGGCUGUCGCUAAUGACGCCGUGGUGCUGCACCAGGCCACGCCCAGCACGAGGGAGGCCGGCCGAGUGCUGUUGAACGACGGCUCCUGCUGGACCGUUAUCGGCGUGGAGGUGGUAGAAUUCGGUUUCUGUCAGGCAGACGCCGCCUACGUCCGCACUCCUGUCACGCCUUUUCCCGACGUCACAGGCCUGGAAGUCAGUGGCGGCGGUCACGCAGCCACGUUGGAAGUGCACGGCGAGAACUUGGGGCCUCACCUCAAAGUCUGCUUUGGCCGCAGUGAGGUCGACACAGUCUUCAAGUCCACCAAGUGCCUGGUUUGCGUGGUUCCCGAUGUGUGCGCGUUGUGGUGCGGGUGUCGUGGCAACGGCAGUUGUCACAGUGGCAGCGGUGCGGUGACGGUGCCAAUCUCCCUCCGACGCCCGUGCGACGGCGUGGUCUACCGCACGGCCUUCAGUUUCACAUACACGCCGGAGCUUGAGCGGCCGCGACGUCCGACAACACCGGCAGGGGGCGUUUUCGUCCACGACGCCCGCGGGACACCCGCGGCCACACGCCACGAUGACGCCCUGCUGGACAGCAUACACCACGAAUUCACCAGGACCAACUUCCAUCUCUUCUUGCAGCCGUGAAAGCCUCCUUUGGAAAGCUAACUUGAACCCUGUUUUAAAAGCCUAAAACUAGCAUGAAACCGCUACUAUGGUGUGAAACUCCGUACCAAGUUUGAAGCCCUCGUUUUUUUUUUUAUUCUCACUUUUAUCUGAAACCCCAUCCCCAGCUUGAACCUCUAAUUUGUGAUCCUAACUUGAAACCGUAACCCCAUCUCAUCUUGAAAACUGAGCAGAACGCCAUCUGAAAGUCUCAGUCUUGUUUGUAGUCGAAGAGUGGCUUUGUCUGGAAAUCUAAUACUGGCAUAGAACCCUAUCCAUUCUUACACACCCUCCUCGGGUAGUAUGGCGUGUCUUUACAUGAGUGACCCAACACAAAUAAAAACAGCAAAUGCCAAGAAAUCUCAUCAG